UAGGGCACUGUCGUAAAUAAUCACGUGGAGGCAUCACGGAUGCUCCUGUGAGUUUGCUGUAGAAUAUUAUAAUUACCUGUAGUAUUUAUCUAGAUUUUGAACAAGUGUUGAUUAAAAUAAAAGUCCUCUGCGCUGUGGAAAAACAGGAAACGCUUCCCUGAAAACAGGCGACAGCUCAGCUGACGGUGCAGUCCGAUUGUUCUACCACAGCAGCUCUGUGUGUGUGUGUGUGUGAGCGUGAGCGUGAGAUUAUGUGUGUGUGACUGUGAGUGAGUAGCUACAUGCUCACAGGGUGCAGUGUGCAUCAUGUUCGUGUUGGUGGAGAUGGUGGACACCGUCAGGAUCCCUCCGUGGAACUUCCAGAGACAACUCAACGAUGCCAUAGCAGAGGAGCUGAACAAGAAACUGGCCAACAAGGUGGUCUACAACGUUGGCCUGUGCAUCUGCUUGUAUGACAUCACUAAACUGGAGGACUCCUAUAUAUUCCCCGGGGACGGAGCCUCACACACCAAAGUUCAUUUCAGGUAUGUUGUUUUUCACCCAUUUCUCGAUGAGAUCCUUCUUGGCAAGAUCAAGUACUGCAGUCAAGAGGGAGUUCAUGUGACCAUGGGCUUCUUUGAUGACAUUCUCAUUCCACCAGAGUCGCUUCAGCAGCCUGCAAAAUUCGAUGAAGCAGAGCAAGUUUGGCUUUGGGAAUACGAGACGGACGAGGGGGCCCAUGAUCUCUACAUGGACCAGGGAGAGGAGAUCCGAUUUCGGGUGACAGAUGAAGUCUUUGUGGACACGUCGCCAACGGGGCCGACCGCUGCGGCGACAGACACGCCGGCUCAACCGGGACAGUCGACGGCGCCGCCACCAGAGGACAGCGGAGAAAAGAAAGAGGCACCAUACACUCUGAUUGGGACCAUCUGUGACCCGGGGCUGGGGCUGCUGUCAUGGUGGAACAGUUAGCACUGCAGGAAGAAGAGGAAAAAGAAGAAGAAGAAGAAGGAGGAGGAAGAGGAAGAAGGAGACAUUUGGUGGUACCUGACAGCUCGACCACCACGACUGAUCGUAGAGGCGAGAGACGGCCGGCUGGAGACACAAAACCCAGUGUGUUGGGGACAGAAGUCGAGACACAAAGUCGAGCAGCGCUCUGAACCAAGAUGUGAUGUCACAUUGAGACUUUUUUUGUUUUGUUUUUUAAAUACUGCCCUGAACACGCCAGCUUCAUGUGUACAUUGACCCUAUAUUUAAAAACAGGAUAAUUCAGUGGACAUUAACAUUAAUUUGGUAUAUUUCACAUGAAAUGUUGACUCCCAAUUCAAAAGAUUUAGGUCAUUAAUCAUUGGAAUCAAUGUCAUCGCUACUUUGGUAUGAUGGUCGGACAUACACAGGUCACAAAAUCAGCUCAAAGUAGUGUUGUUGAACACUGAGCAGCAUCUGUCAGGGAUGAAAACAAACGCGGUGCCUAAUGAUGCAACAACUUAACAACACUCUUGAGGUUUAAGGUUCGAGAAAUAAGGGUGAGUGAUAUUUUUGUUGAUAGGAAUCAGACCCACAGGACAAUUUCUAAGUCAUUUGUACCAUCCAUAUCUAAACAAAGGUAACAGUGCAACUAU